AUGGCAAUAUGUAAAAGUAAAUAUAAAAAUUUGGGUACAGAAGAUGAUAAAUUGUUAUUCAAAACCUGUACUCAUUCCAUUGAAUAUUUUCAUACUUAUUUUAGAGAAUUAAAAGAUCAUUUAUUAACAUAUAACAAAUAUGAAGAGUUAUACAACUACUGUUGCAACAAUUUAACAAAUAUAAAAAAUACACCGAUGUCCAGAAUGACAACAUUAAAACUAAUAAAUAUAACAUUAACACAAAAACCAAAAAACAUAAAUUACUUAAUUAAUAAAAGAAUAGUUAUAUAUGUAUAUAAACUUUUAAAAAGAGACAAAGAAGGAGUUAAUAAAAAAUAUAUUUCUUAUUUUGGUAAUAUAACAAAUGAGGAACGAAAUUUAUUAGUUACAGAAUCAAAACGUUUUUUUCGAGUUAUUAAAAACAUAAAUUUAACAAAAAAUUCGAAAGAACAAAAAUUUAUUAAAAAUAUAAUAAAAAAAAUAGAAAAUAAAAAUAUUGUAAUACCUGAAAAAUAUGGAACUUUUAACAGCUUAUUACUAUACGAUUUUGAUAAUUACAAAAAAGAGAUAUACGAUCUUUUAGAAAAUGAUUAUGAAAAUCAUCAUAAGAUAGAUCAUAUAUAUUCUAAUUAUAUCAAGUUAUUAGAUGAAGUAAAAAAAAAGACAAGAGAAUUUUUAGAUAAUGGAGAAUAUGAACUAUAUUGCGAUUUUAUUAGAGAAAUGCAAGACGAAGAAGAGAUAAGCAUUAGAUAUGAAUCAUACUUACUUUGUUACCAAAAUAAGAUAGAUGAGAAAAAAGAACUUAAAGAGAUAAAUCAAGAUAAUAUAUUAUUAGAAGAAGAAAUACAAAAAAAUUUAAAAAAUAAAUCUGUAAUGAAUACAAAUUCUUUUGAAAAAAUUGAUAAAAUAAGUACAAGCAAUUCAAAUUUGAAAAAUAAAGGAUUCUUUAGUUCUUCUUCAGUCAAUUUAACUAAAAAGAAUAACAAAGAUGAAAAUAUGUUCAAUUCAUUACAACCUAAUUUCUCUAAUAACUUCACAGAAUUUGAAAUAAAUUCAAAUGAUAAAAAUGUUUAUUUUAACAAUUCCUUGAAUAAAGAAAAUGAAAAGUAUAAGAAGAUUCUUAUAGAAGAAAAAAAUAAAAAAGAAAGAGGAGAAACGUAUUGUAAAGAUAUAACGAAUAAUAAUUUUGUAGAAGAUGGAAGGGAAUAUCAAAUUUCAGGAGAGAGAAAAAAGGAGGAUAUAAAUUACACACGAAUAAAAAGGGAUAACCAAGAAAUAAAUUUAAUAGAAGAAGAAGAAAAAGGAGAGGAAAAAAAAAGAGAAGAAGAAGUAGAAAAAGAAAAAGAAAAAAAUAAAAAUAAAAAUGAAGAGAAAAAGGAAGAAGAUAAAGAGGGAGAAAUAGAUUUUACUAAAGAAGAUGAAGAAAAAAAUGAACAAAAAAUAUAUUUAACAGAACAGAUAGAACAAGAAAGUUUAAUCCAUAAUGAAAAUAAAAUUAAAAAAAAAGAAAUUAAGAAAGACAUUGUUGAAGAUAUUGACAUAAAAAACGAAACUAAAACAAAAAUUAUAUCAAAUAAUAAUAGUGAAUAUGAUGAAGAACAUAAUAAAUUGGAAAAUAAUUAUUGUAAAGAAAAAGAAAAAAAAAAAAGUUUUUUUAAUGAAAACAAAAUUAUUUUAGAUUUUAUAAAUAAAGUAUAUAUCAAUGAUAAGGAGGAAAAUAAAACAUAUCAAUCAGAUAAUAAAAAUUGCUAUAAAUAUAGAAAAUGCCUAAUAAAAAAUAAGGAAGGAGAUACAUCCUAUAGUAAUAGUUUUGAUACUAUUGGAAAUGAAAUAAUAAACGAAUUCAAUUCUCUGCUAAACAAAGGAAAAAAGGAAUAUGAUAAUGUAAAUUCUUAUAAAAAUAUUGAAUUUAAAAAUACAAUUAAUAGGGGUAAUAGUCUUAUAUGGAAUAAUCUAAUUAGAAAAAGUAAUUUUUAUAGAUUAAAGGAAGAUUUUAUAAAUUAUAAUAAAUUUUUAAUGGAGAAAGAAAAAGAAACAAAAAUAAAAACUCUUGGAGAUUUAUUAGGAAUGAAUAAAUACAUUUAUUUAAAAAAAAAAAAACAUAAAAAAAAUACAAAUGAAAUGAUGAAUCUAAGUGACUUAAAUAAUCUUAUUAAAAAAUGUACAAAACAUAUUAAUGUAGAAAAAACAUUAGGAAAUUAUGGAGAACCUGAAAUUAAAUCUUGCAAUAUAAAUACGGAAUUUAAAAUGAAAGAAAAUACAGAAAAAAAUAAAGAAGAUAAAAAAAUAAUGACAGAAUUGAAGAAUGAAGAUACUUCUACAACUUUUUUUAACAAAUACUUUACUAUAUAUGACAAUAUACGCAAUAUACAGAAAACUAUUUUAAAAGAUAAUUCCUUACUGUAUAAUGACAAUAAUAUAGAGGUACAUCUAGAACAACAUUAUUUUGGUGAUAAAGGUCUGAUAAAAUUUUAUUUGAAAAACAAAAAAUUAGUUAAUUUUUACGAUGUCGACAUACAAAUUUCUAAUAAAAUGUUAUUCCCUUUAAAAUUUAAAUUUCUUAAUUACGAAAAAAUGUUAUGUUUUAACACAACAAAUUGCUAUGAAAUAGCAGUAAAGUGCUUACAUAUAUACAAAGGAUUUCCAUUAAUAAAAAUUUCCUUUAGAAUGCAAGAUAUGUUUAAAAAAAGUAUUGAUUUAAGAUUUCCUAUAUCAAUCAACAAAUUUAUGAAGAAAAUGAAAAUUACAAAAGAUGUUUUUAAUAAGUUUUGGGAUAAUGAAAAAUUUAAUCUAUAUAAAAAAGAGAAAAUUAUUUUUAAGAAAGAUAUUAUAGACAAGGAAUUCAUUGUUAAAAAUUUUUGUUUGAAUGAUGCAUUAGGUGUAUGUUAUAUUGAAGAUAAAAUUUAUUUUUGUGGUUGCUAUUCUCAGAAUUCAGAUAUAAUGGAAAAUUAUUUUGUUCUAGUAGCAGUAGAAGAAUUAAAAAAAAAAAAAUUAAAGAUUACAUGUAAAUCAAAUAAUCCUACAUUAUCAUCAGCUAUUUUAUUUUUGAUGAUAUUAUUAUAUAGGAAUCAUGAAAAAAAAUAA